GAUUAUACACUAAAUGCGAUUUACUAUGGGCGGUGGGUAAACCUCCGUUCUUUUAUGUUAGGGUUUGAAUGGCAAAAUGCUCGUAGAUAGGUUUUAUUCUACGCUUUCAGUCCAAGGACUAAGUCGUGUAAGCAUUUUCGUGCAAUUUAUGCUGGGUUCUUCGAUCAGAAUUUUGACUUCUGUCGGCCAGCGACUUCCUUUGAUACUGGCUGCAUGGACCGUUUCAUUGUCAAAAUUGCUGCUUAUAUCUAUGGUGGGAUUCACCGCCUGGGUAAAUAGCUUCCCCGUCGAACAAUUUUCUGCUACAUUUUCAUUCGUGAUUCUGUGUAUUUCCGCCGCUUAUUCAUCUUAUGUAUAUCUCGGAAGAAAUGAAAAUGAUGCUGUAUGCAAGAAGAUUGAUUUUUGGGAUCAAGAAAUGAAAACCAUACGCGAGAAAUGGAUAUGCGCAGUUGAAGACGGGAAAGCGAUCAAAGAUGCUGAACAACCUGAGCGGCAAUGUGAAAAAACUCAAAGCGAAAUUAAGAGAAUGCAAGAUUUGUUGACGAAAUCUACUGAACAAAACAAAGAAUUGGAACGUGAAGUUCAAGAACGAAGGAAAGAUGCAAUCACUGCCAGCAAAAAUUUUCGUCGCAAACUUGAUGAAAUGGAAUCAGUCAUUGAAAGCAUGAAGGUUCUUGAACAAGAUAAAAAAGCAACCGAUGUCCAGCUACGAACAGAAUACGAAACAAAGGAACAAUUUAAAAAAGAUAUCCUCAUGCUCCAGGAUACUAUCCAGACUCUCAACAAACAAAACAGAAAACUGGCCGCUGAGAACAAUAGACUGAGAAUGCAAAUGACAGAGCAAACUUCAAGAGAUGAGGAGGAAUAUAUAAGUGACGUGCGAGAGAUAGCACAACGCCUUCAGACAUCCCUUUCUUCUGCCAAAGGAAAAUUAAGCAGAGUUGGAGAUUUUCUCAAAAAUGACGAUUCUGUUGUCAUGAAACGAACCUAUAAGAGACCACGACAUCUGUCAAAUCAAUCAGCACGAUGAAUAUUUUUCUAAUAUUACAUGAAAAUAGAUAUUUAUAGAUUAAUAAUGAAUAUAAAUGUUAAAGCAAUAAUUACAAAAAAUAGUUGGUAA